AUGGAGACAGUAGAUGACUUCGAUACCAUUGACGUGGAAUUGGAUGAGUUUUUCAAACACAAAGAAAGAAGUCGAUGCAAAGAUGAGUUCCUAAAUACUCUCACAGACGAAUCGCUUGACGAAUGCACCAUACCUGAGAUAAACCUAAAUGAUUUUGAAGAAAUGUCGGAAGAUGAAGCACCGCAGGAAAAGCAGAGUGAUAGUGAGGGUGACGAUGAAGACAAAUUUCAGUUUCAAUACUCAACCCAUGAUCUGAAGGUGAAAUGGAAUAAUAUGAAGCCAGUUCUUGGAGAGAGGUUCAAGAAAUGUGAUAGUGUAAGGCUCGUGGCUGUAUGUGCAAGUGACCCUGAGAAAUUUCAAUGUCCCUUUGUUGUAAGGGCCUCAUGGAUGAGCACUGAAAGAACAUUCCAAAUCAAAAAAAUGGUUGACCAACAUACUUGUGUUAGGAAUUUCCGUAGUGCUAAUCUUAUGGAUCCCACAUGGAUAGCCAGGCAGUUUCUGAAGGAGAUGAUUAGGAAACCAAAUCUGAAAUAUGGAAAGUUGAGUGAUCACUAUGCAAAAGUUUGGGAUUAUGGACAUGAAUUGAUGAGGUCCAAUCCAGGGAGUACAGUUCAAAUAUAUAUCACUGUAAACCCUAAUAACACUACUACUUUCCAUAGAAUGUAUACAUGUUUUAAGGCUAUCAAAGAAGGAUGGAAAGUUGGUUGUCGAAGAGUUAUAGGGCUUGAUGGGAGUUUUUUGAAAGGACAAUGUAGAGGUGAGCUGCUAACUGCCAUAGGGAGGGAUGCAAAUAACCAUGUGUAUCCCAUUGCUUGGGCAGUAGUUGAAACUGAGAACAAGCCCAACUGGCAAUGGUUCUUGGAACUAUUACAUGAUGACCUGGAAUUACAAGGAGGCUUGGAUUUGUGUGUUAUUUCUGAUCAACACAAGGUUGUAUUGCCACGUGUGGAGCACAGACAAUGUGCAAGACAUGUGUAUGCAAAUUUCAGAAAGGUCUUCAGUGGUAUAGAGUUCAAGAAUAUGUUUUGGACAGUUGCCAAGUCAACUGUUGAAGGAGACUUCAAAUUGAAUAUGGAGAAGAUCAAAGAAGUCAAUCCUGCUGCUUAUGAUCAUUUGAUGGCAAGGGAGCCUAAAUCUUGGUGCAGGGCAUUUUUUAAAGGUGGAAUGACAUGUGAGGCUGUUGAAAAUGGAAUGGCAGAGUGUUUUAAUGCCGUCAUACUUGAUGCCAGAAAGAAGCCUUUAUUGGCUAUGCUUGAGGAGAUUAGACUGACUUGGUAUGUUCAUCCUAGUGGUUUGAAUGCUUUUGAAGUGAGAAAUGGCUUCCACUCAUAUGGAGUGAACUUAGAGGGGAUGUACUGUACAUGCAGACUUAGGGAGUUAUCUAGGAUCCCUUAUGUCCAUGCACAAGCAACCAUAAUUUACACACAACAGGAUCCAGCUAGAUUCAUCAGCACAUGGUUUGGUAAGGACAAGUUCUUAAGUGCUUAUGAGUCUAACAUCCUUCCUGUUAAUGGCAGUAAUAUGUAG